ACAAUUAUAAAUUAGAAGCGCAGUAAUACACGGUGACGACGGUCGGCUGUAUGUGUUAGAUUAAAUUUAAUUGUAAAAAGUGAAAAAUGAGGUAAAAUCGUGAGAUUUUUAAUAUAUGAUAUAAAGGUUUAAUUAUAAAACGAUAAAAUGAAUCAAAUCGGCUCAGUGAGUGAGAUUGUUGAGAAGAAAAAAGAAAAUGCAGCAACCUUUGAUCAUGCUAUGCAUGUUGCAGGUCUCGGCUGGUACAACAUCAAGUACUGUUUAGUAUUGGCACUGUUUCUCAUAGCAGCGAUAGUGGAACCAGUUGGGUACUCCUACAUAUUGCCAGCAUCUAAAUGCGAUUUAAACAUAACAGAUGGUCAACGAGGAUUUCUGGCUUCUGUCCCUUACAUAGGUAUUGUACUAACAUCAUUUCCAUGGGGUUACUUAGUGGACACUCGAGGCAGGAAGAAAUCACUGAUCUUUAGUUCUCUGGCAGCAGGCGUGUUUAUAGUACUCUCUGCGUUUAUGCCAAACUUCAUUAGUUUUGCUGCUUGUAAAUUCUUGUCGGCGUUAUGUACAGCAUGUCCAGCAUCAGCACCGUACACAUUUAUAGGAGAGCUCGUCCCCCUGAAGUACAGAGACAUCACUUUAUCUGUCACCAACGCAAUGCAGAUAUUGGGAUCGGUUAUAGUACCUUUGUUUGCCUGGGCCGUCCUACCUUUAGAAUUUAGGGUGGAUUUUGGAGCUUACGAAUUUCGACCGUGGAGGGUACUAACAAUGAUGUACGGCUCUUUAUUCAUCAUAGCAGCUGUUUUAUUAUUAUGCGGACCUGAAAGUCCAAAAUAUCUUAUAUCUCAAGGCAGAUAUGAUGAAACUCUGGAUCUGUUAAAGAUGAUAUACUCGAAAAAUAAAAGGAAAUCGCCUGACGAAUUUCCGAUAAAGACACUUAAGAUUGAAGAAACUGUUCAAAAAGAAAAACUUGGAUUAUUUACGUCACUGAAAGUACAAUCAUUGCCACUCUUUAAACCGCCUUAUUUAAAAUGGAUGGCUCUGAACAGUUCUAUCUUCUUUGGAUUACUUGCGACAAUAAAUGGUCUUUAUAUAUGGGUACCUGAUAUUUUAAAUCGCGUACUAAUGGGUGAUAGCGAAGGAGCCACCGCAUGUGAUGUUAUCGCUCAAAGACUCAACACUACGGCAGACGAUUUUCUCGAAUGUUAUGAUUCUCUGGACACAAGCACCUUUCUUAUCAACUCUGUGGCGAAUUUAGCUUGUGCCGUCAUCGCUAUCGUAGUCAGUAGUACAGUCAAAAUCAUCGGCAAGAAGAACCUUCUUAUCUCGGUGUUUUUGAUUAUCGGUCUCUUCUGUGUACUAGUUAAUGUGGUGACGCAAGACAUUUUGUUUGUUAUAUUCCUGUCUGCGAUGCCUGUGCUAGGUUUAGCGAUUGGACCAGUUAAUGCAUACGCUGUAGAAAUAUUUCCAACACAUUUAAGAGGUAUGGCAGUCAGCUUAUCGAUGAUGAUGGGUCGAUUGGGCUCAGUAUUAGGAGCUAAUAUCGCUGGGAUUAUGUUGAACGCUGCCUGUGAAGUUACAUUCUAUUUCUUUGGAGGAUUACUAAUGUUUUGUGGUUUGCUAUCGUUCCUGAUGCCCUCGUCUAAAGCAAAACAGACCAAAGAAAUGAUUAUAACAAAAUUGUGAAUAAAUUCUUAGCGAAGCAAAUUGAAUAGUGAUUUAUCGCUAAUGAUAGUGUAAUGUAAAAAUAGUCAAGUAACAUAAAAAAAUGUAUCCGAAUAAAAUUUAUUUUUAUACUCAA